AUGAGUCCUCGGAGGCAGCGAGCGUCGGUCCCGCUGCUGCUGCUGCCGCUGCUGCUGCUGGGCGGCUGCCUCCUCGUGGACGCCCGGAGAGACAAGGGGGCGGCAGGCAGCGCGGCCCAGCCGGCCCCGGGUCCCGCGGGCGGCUCCUCCGGCCGCUUCGUCAGCCCCGAGCGGCACGCGUGCAGCUGGCAGCUCCUGCUGCCCGCCCCGGGGCCCGCUGCGGGCAGCGAGCUGACGCUGCGCUGCCAGGACCCGGACGGGGCGCGCCACCAGUGCGCCUACCGCGGGGAGCCGGAGCGCUGCGCCGCCUACGCAGUCCGCGGCGCGCACUACUGGAAGCAGGUGCUGGGCGGGCUGCGCAAGAAGCGGCGGCCGUGCCAGGACCCCGCUCCGCUCAAGGCUCGCGUGUGCGCGGGCAAGAAGGGCCACGGCGCUGAGCUGCGCCUGGUGCCCCACGCGUCCUCACCCGCGCGCCCCACUGCGGCGGGAUUCCCCCCGGAUCCCAAGCCCCGCGCCAGGAGCCGGGGGCGCCUCCGGGAGCCCGUGCCCGGCCCCUCCGGAGGGGCCCGACUUCCCGCCGGCGCGUCUCCCAGAGGGAAGCCGUCUGAGACCAACGGCGGCAAGAGGAAGGCGGCCUCGGACCCAGACCAGGAGCGACCCCUGGGGACCGGGCCCGAUCCCGACGGGCUGGACGAGAACGCGAAGCUCACGGAGACCUACUGUGCUGAGAAGUGGCAUUCCCUCUGCAACUUCUUUGUCAAUUUCUGGAAUGGCUGA